UCAGUGGACUUUUAUUUUGAAGGUCUCUCGCUCAGCCAAUCAGGUGUCAGCUUUGUGUAACCGGAAGCGAUGGCAUGAAAACAAACGCGCCCCAUCCCGCUACAGUUGCACAAGUCGCGUGACGUUACAGACAGUUUUGACCACCCUCCUGCAGCCAUGAUGAAAGCUCUGGGACAAGUUUUGUUCUCAAGUGGACUGCAGAGCCCCAAAUACUCAGAGGAGGAGAAGAAGGGAGAAGACUAUGAGAUUCGUACCUACCACGCCACUAAAUGGAUGAGCACCACUCUGAGUGGGAUGCAGCUGGAUGCAGCCAUGAACGCUGGCUUCCGCAGGCUCUUUAGCUACAUUCAAGGCAACAAUCACAACAAGGUGAAAGUGGAGAUGACGGCCCCUGUGACGUGCCGCGUGGACCCUGGAGCCGGCCCCACGUGUGAAUCUCAGUUCACUGUGUCUUUCUACAUCCCAGAGGAGCAUCAGGAGAGUCCACCGGAGCCGAGCGACCCAGAUGUGUUUGUGGAGCACAGGAAAGAGUUCACAGCUUAUGUCAGGACGUUCGGUGGGUUCGCCAACGAGAAAAUGAAGCGCGAAGAGCUCCUGAAACUCAUCGAGAGCCUGCAGAGGGACGGUCUCCAAUACGUCGACAAGCCGUUCUACGCAGCCGGGUACGACAGUCCCUUCAAACUCACCAACCGAAGGAACGAGGUCUGGGUCCUGAAGAAGAUACCGGAGUAGGAAGAGUAAAGGUCACGCAACACUCUGCGCACUCUGUCAAAUAGGCACAUGGUGAAAGAAAGAAAUCUACAUCAUCAUUUGAUAACACUUAGCACAGCACUUCUUAAUGUCUAAAGGGAAUAUAAAUAAUUGCUUUUGUAGAAACGUGAUAAACAAAAUGGAAGUUUUUAAAGGUCACACUGACAUUUAUCCACAUGUUUGACUGUGUGUUUACUUUGACUGAAAGUUACUGAUUUAAACUCACUGUAAGUCUUGACCAAACAAAUGAUAACAGGAGCUCUAAGAGGUCAUUAUAAACAAAUAAACCUUAAGGGAAAACUGGAUACAGUGGACCAAUAUGUCCAGCAGGUGGAGCCAAGUAGAUAAGAAACAUAUCUCUCAUUUGGUGCAUUCUGUCAUGACAGAAACCACAAGUGCCUCUUUAUGUUUUCAUGACUGUUUUUUUAAAUGCACUAAUUUGCUGUUGCUUUUCAUGCAGUUGCUCUUAAAGGGUAAUUUCUGUGUCUUUUUCAACCUGGACCCUAUUUUCUUAUGCCUUUGUGUCGAAAUGACUAAUGGGGACAGCAGUUUUUGAAACUGGUCCAGGACUGAGCGAGAGGGCUGCAGCAAUAUAACCACUCACUGUAUGUCCAUUAUAAGUGCUUGUUUUUGCCACUAACAGGCUCAGAUUGUUAUUCUAAGUGUCUGACAACAUUAUGGAGAUGGACCUUUUUGCUGAAGAGUAAGAUCAUUUUGUUUUACCAGAAACUGACCCAGAAUCGCCAAACCCACGAGGCUCCAUUUAAAUAAACAGUCAUUUUAUCGCUGUUCCAACAAUCACCAUCUGGUUGAAAUAAACCCUUAGUGCAUCCACUUAGACGACAAAUAUGCUGCCUCUAUACACGCUAAAGUUAACCUUUAUUUAAAGGGAGUCUGGUGGCUGUGGCGACGGCGAUUUCAGGGCCAUUUCUGGUGAAACAAAACAGAUCUUACCCCUUGUACUUCGAAGCCAGUUCAGCUUACCCAGGAUAUCUUUUCGUUAUCUGGUUUGACUAACCUGUCACAUUAGCUGUCUGGAUAACCGGUACUACAAAGCUGGUUAUCAACUAGUUCAGUCAACUCUGGGUUUUCCUAUCCAGCUAUGAGAAUGUUCAUGUGAAAGAGGCGGGGGUGGUAAUUACGAGUGACAUCAUCAGAACCAUGAAUGAAGUCGUCUGAGAUGAAACGGUACCAAAAGUGUCUACGACUAUGAGACAGUAAAAUGUCAGUUAUGUGGGAUGUAAAUGAUUUUCUGUAAUCUUAUGACAUAAAAUGUAAAAAUAUUGAAAAUACUAUCUAAAAAAUUCACAGUUGCCCGAGACUUAAAUUACGUGCAGGUGCUGUGGGCCUACGUGACAUUAGUACAGGGCAUUUUUUGCUAUGUAGUUGGAUGAUGAUGAAUCUACUCUGAAUAUGUCACAUAAAACACUUAAACAUAAUGUCAGACUGUUUCUGCUACUGAAAUAAAGGGUGGAAAAGUAGCCUAAAGUUAAUGACUGAUGAAGUGUAUCUGACCCAAAUGUGGCAUUUAUAAUAACAGGAGCCAGUUAACAGUGUGUGGAUUAUUGUUUUGCCCUAGUUCUCGUCAUGUAGGUAUAUAGCAAUAAAUGGGAUAUUCAUUUUUUUACCUGAGACUCUGGACUUUGGUCCAUGGAUACUUUUUUCUUCAGUGAUCUGAUUGGUCAGAGGUCGUGGUGUUGACAGCCUGUGAUCCGAUACUCCGGAGCAGGUUAGCUGUUAAGCAUAAGUUACCACGGUGAUUUAUUCUGGUAAAAAGGGAACCAGCUUCAUAGGACUGCAAACCCUGAGUUAAUCCUGAAGUUAUCACGCUAACUCCAAAUCCUGCUUCGUAGUACAGGCCUAACGUCCGUCUCUGUAGGGAUCCUUUCCAUAAUGUUGUCAGACAUUUAUAAUAACAAUGUGAGCCUGUCAGUAGCAAAAAAAAACACUUGUAGUGGACAUACAGGUGUGAACAUUCCCCGAGGGGUUACAUCGUAGCCUGUUUCGCAGCUGCCGGCUGCAGCGCUGUCACUCAAUACUGGACCCCUUUUUAAAAGUGGUUGUUCCCAUUGGUUACUCAGACCCGAGAUAGGGUAAAGGUUGAAAAAUACCAACAUUUUCCUCAACAUUUUUUUAAGAAAAGUAAAACAUACUCUCUUUUUGUUAGUGCAGCUCAGCAAGGAAACAUUGUUCAUGACAGAGGGGCUUUUAUUUUACAAAAGGACUCAUUUUAAUAUGGACAUUCACUUUACAUGUCGGACUCAGACUGUAGACUUUGUCCCCCGUCACUGACAUUGAGAUCUCCUUUGGACAGGAGGAAUCAUUACAGCGACCGAUCACGCUUUCAGUGUACAGAUGGUGUUGAGAUA